UACGACCUAAUGAAUGCCUGGUGCGUAAGGCGUGCACAAACAUAUGGCAUCAAAUCGAGACUAGUCUGGUAUAGCGACGGCAGGCUGCAUACUUCUGUUCAUUCAAAGAUUAUUAAGUCUACCUAGGUAUGUGAUUGUCACUGUGUCGAAUGCUUCCUCACCAUCAAGCAUGGGUUGAUGGCGGGCAGAAUGGUGGACCACCAAUGAUAUACUACGCAUCACUCGCCGGCCUCCAUCAACCUGUUCAAUUUCUCUUGGAUAAUGGGUCAGACAUAAAUAUCCACGGUGGCUAUUUUGGGGGUUCGCUCCAGGCCGCAGCAUUUAAUGGCCACAAGGACCUCGUCUGCAUGCUACUCUACAGAGGGGCAGAUAUAAACACCCAACAUUGGGUUCUUGGCAUUGCGGUUCAAGCUGCUUCCAUUAACGGACAUUUCGAGCUUGUUCAAGAAUUAGUUAAUAGAGACGCAGAUAUCAAUGCCCGAUGUGGACAAUACGUGACUGCACUCCAGGCCGCCGUAGAAAAAGGUCACGUGAAGACUGUGAAAACGCUUAUAGGGCGGGCGCAAAGACGUAAAUAUUCAAGGGGUUAUCAUGGGACUGCUCUACAGGCUGCUGCUUUCCAUGGUCACAUUAAGAUCGUCAGAAUGCUGCUCGGAAAUGGCGCGGAUCCCAAUAGCAAUUGCGAGUGGCGCGGGAAUGCUCUACAGGCUGCUUCGCUGGGAGGCCACACGGAGAUCGUCCAACGCCUGCUUAACGAAGGUGCAGAUGUCAAUAGUAAUUGUGGGCAUCUUGGCAGCGCACUACAGGCUGCUUCAUCUGCAAAUCAUGAAAGAGUUGUUUUGGAAUUGCUCGAUAGAGGUGCUGACGUAAAUGCUCAAGGAGGGUAUCAUGGAAAUGCGCUUAAAGCUGCGGUGGAUUGGGUCUGGAAUUCUAAACGACCAAGUGAGACUGUCAUGACACUAAUCCAGAAGGGCGCGCACCAGAAGGAAGUGAACCAGUCCCAUUUAUCUUUUGCGUUGAAAAUUUAUGAAAACCAGACAUAUUUAGAUAGGCUCUACCUUUGGGAGGAGAAGGAUAAAUGGAAAGACGAAGAUAGAGAUUGGAGAAAUAGGCGGUGCUGUUUGGGUAUGUUUUGCAUUUCAUUAUAG